CCCUAGCCUCAUCGUCUCAUUUUCUAUCAGAUCUGCAGGUUCUUUAUUUAUCUCCCAUGACUUCUAAUUAAGUUUUGCCAAUCAUUGGAGCUUUGGGCAAUCCUCAAUUUUCUGCUAUUCUGAAGCUAAAUGGGACUAAUCACAAACAAUGGGUUCAAUCUCUCAUGAUAAAUCUUACCAUCAUGAAGUUGGACUUGGCCUUGAGAGAGGACUCUCCUUCUAAGCCCAUUGCUGAAACUUAUGCCGAUGAAAAGAAACUUUAUGAUGACUAGGAGUAUUCAAACCGAUGUUGUUUAAUGAUCAUAAGGUAUCACAUGGAGGACUCUAGACAUGAUAGCAUUGCAAAGAUUGAGACUGCUAAGGCAUUUCUAGAAGCUAUCAACAAAAAGUACAAAAAGUUCUCCAAGAAUGAAAAGAAUGAGCUUCUAAGCUCUACAUUCCACUAUUUAUGAUGGUGUCAGUGGAAUUAGAGAGCACAUUGACAAGAUUGUGGCCUGUUAUCACAAAAUCAAGGCAAAUGGUAUGGAACUUGAUGAGGAUUACAUUUUGUGGUUCAUUAAGGGGACUCUUUUCUCACAGUUUGACUCCAUUAGGUCCAGUUACAAUGCUCAGAAAGAACAAUGGACCAUAGAGAAGAUGACUACAAUUCUUGCCAAGGAAGCGAAUAACAUAAAAAUGGGAAGGGCAAGAAGUGUGGCUAUGGUAACGAACCAGAACAACAAUGAUCAGAAAAGAAUGCCUCUACAAAAGAUUACCAAUGACAACAAGCCCUUCAAGAAACAUAACACAAGCAACAAAGCGAAUGGGCAAGGAGCGCUCUUAGUUUCUAAUGUUCCCAAGAAUGAGGGCUUUAAAGGAAAUACAAUUACUGCCAAAAGUUUGGGCACAAGAAGGCAGAUUGCUUAAAGCUCAAGGCUAGAAUGGAAAAGAAAGGUAAUCUUUUAGUGAAUGUUUGUUUGGAGUCAAAUAUUGUUGAUAUGCCUUCUAAUACUUGGUGGUUAGACACUGGUGCUACAAUUCCUGAUACCAAUUCCUUGUAGGAGAUGACAAGCAGAAGGGAACCAACUAGUAUGGAGCACCAUGUAUAUAUGGGAGACGGUACAAGAACUGAAGUUAAAUUUUUGACAGUCAAAUUACAGCUUACCACUAGACAUUUUUUCGAGUUGUAUGAAGUUGCAUACAUACCUUCGAUUAGGAGAAAUUUAAUAUCCGUGUCUAUUUUGGAUAGAACUGGUUACAGUUUUCUUUUGGGAACUGAAAAAGUUAUAUUGUACCGUGACUCUGCUUUGAUCAGAAAUGGAAUUUUAUGUGGUAAUAUU